AUGAUAAAGACGGCCAUCUUUUUCGUUAUCUUUGCCAUCACUAGUGGCCAAUUAAACAACAAUCUUUAUGACGAUUAUACGGGAGGAUCAAGAUUAAUAAAUAUACUAAAGCUACCUAAAGCACUCGUGGAUUUCUUCACACAGAGCCAACGUUAUUUAGCCGAACAAGUACAAGACACAACACCGCAAUCUGGAGAUACGUUUGAUUUUAUAGUAAUUGGCGCUGGUACAGCCGGUGCGACUAUAGCUGCGAGAUUGAGCAAGAUUUCUCAGAUUAAAGUGCUACUGAUCGAAGAUGGAACACAUGAAGACUUAUACAUGGAUAUCCCGUUACUUUGUAGUAUGCUGCAAAAGACCAAGAUAAAUCGAAGCUAUCGAACGAAGCCAUCCAAUAAGUACUGUCUAGGCAUAGAAGGCAAUAACUGCGUUUGUCCAACGGCAAAAGUUAUUGGUGGAAGUAGCGUACUAAAUUUUAUGGUUGCUACUAGAGGAAACGCGGAGGACUACGAUCGCUGGGCCGAGAUGGGAAACAAAGGCUGGGCAUAUAAGGAUGUCCUCAAAUAUUUUAAAAAAUUAGAAACAAUGGAUAUCCCUGAACUGAAAUCGGAUAUUACCUAUCAUAAUACCAAUGGACCAGUACAUAUCACCCAAUCAGAAUAUCGCACGGGCGUGGCAAAAGCAUUUAUACAAGCUAGCAAGGAAAUGGGAUAUCCAAUAGUAGAUUACAACGGAAAGGAAGAAAUAGGAUUCUCAUAUGUACAGAGAACAAUUAUGAACGGCACCCGUAUGAGCAGCAACAGAGCAUAUCUUAAUCCUGCGCGCGAUCGCAAGAAUCUUCAUGUAACUCUUGAAAGUAUGGUGACAAAACUGUUAAUCGAUCCUAGUACAAAACGAGCAAUCGGCGUAGAGUUUGUUAAGCAUGAUCAGACUACACGUGUGAUUGCGAACAAAGAAGUGAUCGUAUGUGCAGGUGCUAUUGGAUCACCUCAAUUAUUGAUGUUAUCCGGCAUUGGACCAAUGAAACAUCUUAUCAACUUAGGUAUAGACGUCGUCCAAGAUGCACCAGUCGGUGAGAACUUUAUGGAUCAUAUAGCCUUCUACGGAUUAACAUGGGCAAUAAAUACAUCGACAAGUUUACUAUCAAGCGAACAGUUAAAUCCUUUUAAUCCAUAUAUAACCGAUUUUUUAUUAAAGCGAACAGGACCGUUCACGAUCCCGGGUGGACUAGAAGGCAUUGGUUUUAUUAAUACAAAACAUCCGGAAAAACGUAACGGUUUACCAGAUAUCGAACUACUGUUUACCAGUGUUUCAUUUAAAAAUUAUAUUUUUUCAGAUAUGUUACAUUUAAAAAAAUCUAUACGUCAGGAAUGGAGUAAAUAUGUUGAUACAUUUGGUUGGAGUCUUAUGCCAAUAUUGAUGAAACCAAAAAGUCGUGGUCGAAUAACGUUAUUGGCUAACGACGUUAAUGUUAAACCAGAGAUUACGCUGAAUUAUUUCAACGAUCCAAAUGAUAUGAAGACAAUGAUCGCUGGUCUUAGAACUGCAUUAAAUUUUGGUCAAACAAAGGCGAUGCAGGCAUUGAAUUCUCAGUUGUUGCAAAUUACUUGUACUGAAUGCCAUGACUAUGAGUAUGAUUCUAAUGCUUAUUGGGAAUGCAUGUUAAGACUCCUGACUUCCACGGUUUUUCACUAUUGUGGAACUUGCAAAAUGGGAGCAAAGGGAGAUCCUACCGCCGUCGUUGAUCCUAAAUUAAAGGUGAUCGGUAUUCAAGGAUUACGAGUGGCAGAUGCGUCUAUCAUGCCCGAAAUUAUAUCGGGGCACUUAAGUAUACCUGUUUAUAUGAUUGCUGAAAAAGCUGCGGAUAUGAUUAAAGAAGAAUGGGGUUAUUUAGAGAAAUCAUGA